AGAUGAAGCUACAAAAUGUUGUCCUCAGAGAGAUCCUUCUCUUCCUGUCUCUGCAGGAGCUUAUGCAAGCCAGACUUGAGCUUGUCAGCAAACAGUUUUACCACAACAUCUUGGAAGAUAAUGAAUUGCUCAGGAGAAUGAUCCAGAACUAUCUCUGUUUGACUAAAGACUAUUCGAAGGAGCAAGAGUACCAAGAAACUGUUCUUUCUAUCUUUGCAAAAGAAGAUGAACAUAAAGAUCAAGAAGAUUUAGAAGAGAGAAAACAGAGACCUUACCUUAAAAUUUAUGAUGAUCCUUCUUCAGAUGUUUUCCCAGUUUUGAAGAAGAUAUUCAGAGAGCCUAAAAGUCUUUCAUUUAUUGUCCAAAGAACAACAGGAGGCCAACAAUAUGGCUUACAGAAUGCGAAAAGUCUCUUCAAUGAUGACGGAAGAAGGUACAACACUGGGCCAGAAGAGUAUUUUCCCAAUGGAGUUUGCUGUAUCUCAGCCUUGGUAUACAACGAAGAAUUAUAUGAUGAAGGAGCAUUGGUAACGAUUUAUGAGAAAGCUAAUGUAUUAAACAAAUCGAUUGAUCCUUAUGUUGAUCUUGCUGAGCUUCAUAGAAUCAAAUGACUUAAGAGUAAUCAGUAUAAGAUACAAAGAUUUGAAAGCAAAACUAACUUCGAACAAAUGCUGGAUCUAUUGGAAGAACCAUUUUAUUCAGCACCAAAGAUCAUUCACCAUGAUAAAUCAAAGGCUGUAAAUGAAUCCAGUCCUCACUAUCAUACAGAUCACACAUCAAUAAUGGAGUUCAAUACAAAGGUUCACCAAGAGUUAUCAAGAGACAAACUUUUUGUUCUCAAACAGAUAGAUACCGCGCUUGCAAGAGGGUGCAGCUGCCCGUUCAAAGCCUUUGCCAUCUUUGUUCAUGACCACCCUGUUGUGCCAGAAGACCAUGCUCUUACUCUUAUAGUUAAGGGGUUGUAUGACUCCUUGCAGUGGAAUAAAAAGGAUCCUUAUGGUGCUGUGAGAACCAAUAGCCUCAGAAGACGAAGAAGAAAUGUGCAAGAAGAAGAGAAAGAAAAGAAGGUUGAAACCAAUUAUAUAGAGCAAAUAACAAAUACUUAUCAGAAGGGAUUCAAUGCUGGAGUUCUUCCUCAGAUUUGUGAAUCAAAUGAGAACUGGAUUGAGUUCAAUCAAAAAUUCUAUUCGAGCAAACUCAAAUGUCCAAGCACAAAUGAAGAGACUAAGCAUGAUUUCACAGAGAUUCUUCCGAAUAGUUCAACUUCAGAAUUCCUCCCUUCUUUGGAUUCUGAAGAUGCUGAAUCGAUUCUAAGUGACGACAAUUACAGAUUGGCCGGAAUUGUCUACAAUUUAGAUGCUCAAUCAAAGACAUACACCAUUAAAGUAGCACAGCCAAUAACAGGAAGACACAUUACAAUCUUAGGUCUAGACUAUUGGUGUGAAUAUGGAACAGAUCACAACUACGAUUUCGGAGGAGUAUUCUUGAAAGGAAAUCUAAUCCCCAGUUAUCUAACCAUUGAUGAUUAACCCUCCAAAAAUCCUCUCUAUCCCCUUAUCUCUCAUCUCCCAAAUCCGUUCCUCAACGCACUCAUCCCAUAACAAGCCAACUAUAAACGCUAUCCAAAAAUUCCUAAAUUCCCCACCUUCUAUAUCCUCCAGUCAGCUUCUAGUCCAAAUCUCUCCACGGCUAAAAUCUUACCAAACAAGUUAUAGUUAAUUUCUAGGGAAAAGCGCCACUU